AUGUCGCCCACACCGGAAGAGUUGCGCGAGCUGAAGCGGGCUAAGACGGCUCCAGUCAAGCCUAAAGAUGUUCCCAAGCAUCAGGACUUGGUGGGUUAUAAGCAUGCUGUUGCCGGCCAUGAUGGGACAAUGUGUGACGCCGAUGGCGAGCUCUUCGUCAAGCCCUGUACUCAGGCCGAGGUGGACUUCUACGAAUCCGCUAGACUCCAUCCUGAUUUUGCCGAGCUCAUACCUGUAUACUGCGGCAGCCUCGCCCUUCUCGACACGACAACUGCUGCUUCGAUACAUCAACAGUUACCUGGCCUGAUCGACAAGGCAGAUAUCUCAAAGGGGUUAAAAGAUGAACUGAAAUCUCAUCUAGACCCAGACGCGACCCCAGAAGUCGUAAAUCAUGACAGUGCCCAAGAACCACUUAGAAAGGACGCACCAAGUCAAGAGUCGCUUUCCACAGAAAGUAAGAGACCGGAGGCUAAAACAGGCCCAAUUAAAACAGACCGCGCUAUUACCCUUCUCAACGCUUCCUAUGGCUUCAAGAAGCCCAAUAUAAUGGAUGCCAAAAUGGGCCAGCAGCUAUGGUCGAAAAAUGCGUCAAUGGAGAAGAGGGAGCGUUUUGAUAAAAUCACAGAGAGCACAACGCACAAGAAUUUUGGUUUUCGAGUUGCUGGUAUGCAGGUGUACAAGGGCACCCACCCCAAGUACACAACACCUGAUGGAAAAGAGGCGUUUUCGCCCAACGUAUCGGGGCCAAAUGAAGAAGGCUUCAUGAUAUACAACAAAUUUUGGGGUCGUGACGAUGUAAACGACGCAAAUCUGGCGGAAUCGCUAAAGCUAUACAUUUUUAAUGAGGCCGCCGGUAUUGAUGAAGAGUUGGGAAAACUUGUUGCCGGUCUGUUUGCCAGCGAUCUUCGGAGAGUUGAAGAGGUGCUGCAGAAGGAAGAGAGUCGUAUGUAUUCAUCGAGUCUCCUCUUUGUCUUUGAAGGUGAUGGUACCGCUUUGAGAGCGGCUAUCGAGGAAGCGAAGGCUGCAGAGGUGGAAACGCAACGCGUACACUCCGAGAUGGUCACGUUAGUAAACAAGAGGGCCUCGCCACGAGCCGUCAGCACUAAUCUCCGGGUGGACAGUGGUAUCGGAAUGGACGACGAGGAGCUCAAGUUCGUUGCAGAAUCGGUUGUGCUACAGAACGAUUUCGAAGAAGGGAGCGGGGACGACGACGAUGAGUUUGAUGAGAUGUCGACAUUUCCCCAUAUAUAUUCCUUGAAGAUGAUUGACUUCGCGCAUGCUGAAUGGACUCCUGGCUUGGGACCAGACAAGGCUGUGCUUCUCGGUGUCAAAAGCCUCGCGGAGACUUUCGAGAAAUUCUCCGAGUAA